AUUUUCCGCCUUCGCCCCCGGCCGUCACCACCUUCCAUUUCCCUCCCCCGCUGCACCGAUUUACAAUUGGGUUGUUUUGGGGUGUAUCUUCCCCACCUUUUCGCAUUGGAGUGACAUGUUAUCGAGUCAACGCUGCAAGACCACAAUCACAAUGACUCCUCCACCUGCCAAACGCCAGAAGCGCGAUGAGUAUCGCAAGCAGGCAGCCGCUACGAACCCCGACGGCGGCAGCAGCACCACCACCACCAACGAGACCAGCCUCCCCGCCCGGGUCAAGCUGCCCAAGAAGAAGUUCUACCGUCAGCGGGCGCAUGCGAACCCGUUCUCGGAUCAUCAGUUGCAAUAUCCCUUCAGCCCGGCGCAUAUGGACUGGGCCUCGCACUUCCCUGCCUACGUCAACCCGGACCCAUCGCAGACGAACCUCAUCGGCACCCGCCAGCUGCUGAAGGAUGUGGAGAUCGUGGAUAUCGGGUGUGGAUUCGGUGGGCUGCUCGUCGGUCUUGCGCCGUUACUGCCGGAGACAUUGAUGGUUGGAAUGGAAAUCCGCGUCUCCGUCCUCGACUACCUGUCCACCCGGAUCCAAGCCCUCCGCGCCCAGCAGCAGCAACUCCAGUCGACCCAAGCCUCCAUCUCCACUUCCACCACCACCACCACCACCACCACUCAAGCCACAGCAGACGCAGCCCCCGAAGCGCCCACCACCGAAUCCACCGCCAUGGAAGCCGAACCGACCUCCACUGAAACCCCCUCCACCACCGACGAAACCACCGAAGCCACCACCCUCGUCCCCGGCGGCUACCAGAACAUCACGGCAAUCCGCAGCAACACGAUGAAGUUCUUCCCCAAUUUCUUCGCCAAGCACCAGCUGUCCAAGAUCUUCAUCUGCUUCCCGGACCCGCACUUCAAGGCCCGCAAGCACAAGGCCCGCAUCGUCUCGGAGACGCUGAACGCCGAGUACGCCUACGCCCUGCGGCCCGGCGGCCUGCUCUACACCAUCACUGACGUCGAGGAGUACCACCACUGGGUGCUGCGGCAUUUCCGCGAGGGCGAGGACGCCGAGGCCGUCGAUGGCGCUGUCGGCACGGUCAAGGAGCUGUUCGAGCGCCUGACGGACGAGGAGCUGGCGCAGGACCCCUGCGUGCGCGUCAUGAGCGAGGAGACGGAGGAGUCGAAGAAGGUCACGCGCAACAAGGGCAAUAAGUAUGUCGCCGUGUUCCGGAGGAAGGAGGACCCCGCUUGGCCGGCUUAGGGCUUAACGAGCAUCGUUUUGUCCUGGGAGUAUGAUUUCUCUGGAAGAGGGAGGACGGGUUUAGCAAAAAAGUUAUAUAGACGAAUUGUAUAUGCUUGCGAACUGG